AAAAAAAAAAAAAAAAGAAAUAGAUAUUCCUUGUUAAAUUGCACACACUUUAAUGGAAUAAAAAAGACUUCAAUUUUGCACCAAAAUGAAGUGCAUCAGCCUUCAUUCUCCAAUCUUACCUAAACAUUCAAGCAGCAAAUUCAAAUGCCAGCACCGUAAAUCAAAACCAGCAGCUCAUUGCCUAGUGGAGCAGCAGCCGCAGUAUUAUAAUGCUAAAUUGUCUUGUUUUCCAAACAACCAACAUACUGGCUUUCUAAAGGGACAAAAAAGGAGACUGUUAAUUGCUCCGCUUAGGGCUGUAGAUAUACCUAUUUCCUCCUCCUCCUUUUUCAUAGCUGCGGCUAAUUCACCGAGAGACUUGUCAGUUUUGCUACAGACAAGUGCAGUAAUGCUCUUUAUGUACUGGAUUGCCAACUUUGUGGUGCCGGGGAUCAUCUUAAAGGAUCUUCAAGAUGACAGUACCACUAGGGAUAAGAAGACUGAUGGAAAAGAUCUAUAAGGAUAAGCGAGAAGCAGAAGAUCGUUACAACAAGAAACUGGAUUUGCAGUGAGAAAAUCAAUCAGGGUGAAGCAUCUGGGUACCCCAUCCGCUGUUGUCAAAGAUUCCUUUGAGGCGCCUUAAGUCCUGAGACUCAGUUAAAGCUGAAUUGUGUUAACUGUAUUGGUUAGUAUUGUUAUCUUUUAAAUCAAAGUCUGAAGUAUGUUUUAUGAAGGAAUCGUAUCGUACAGUUUGGUAAAAGCAAGCUGAAUGUUUGCUGAUAAACUUAUGAUAAAUUUUACCACUUAGUAAAAUAUGAAUUACAUAAAGGCGAACUGGUACUUCUUCCUGGCUAUUAGCAAGGCAAUCUUGAAUUUCUGUUUGAAAUAAUGUACCCAGUCAAGACUGUUUUGGUUUACUUUUUCUAAUGUUGGUCCCAGAAUUA